GGGAUAAGAUAUGCCUCUAAUGUAAACACGACAUCAGCCACAAGGUCUCGGAACUUGAGCAUGGAAGGGAAUAUGAUGGAGAUGUUUGAGGUUGGGCCUUGUGAAGAUGACUUCCAUCUGGGUUUUCUCAUAGGUCAAAGGUUCCGUGAUCAAAUAAGAAGUAGGUUGGCCGGAGACCUCAUUCUUCAAAACCAACUCCUUCCUUUUGCUCGAACCACACAAGCACAGCCGCUGAUCAAAGCACUCUCGGAAACUAACCAGAACAAAUUCCCAAGAUACUGGGAUGAACUUUUAGGGACUGCAGAAGGAAGCGGAGUGCCGAUACUGCAGAUAAUACUUGUCAACUUGAGAAAGGAGAUACUCCCGUUCAUUUCAAAAGCAGCAAUGAAUUCAAAUGCUGAUACUGCAGAUGACUGUUCUGAUAUUCUUAUCGUUGGGGAUUCGAUGGCCAUAGCAGCUCAUAACGAGGAUGCUAACGUUGCUCUAGUCGGACACACCUACUUGAUCAAAGGAAAACUGUCAAAUGGAUUAUCCUUCGUAGCUUACACAUAUGCAGGAGAGCUUCCAAGUUGUGCUUUUGGAUUUAAUAGUCAAGGGCUGGCAUUCACACUGAAUUCAGUACCCCCAGCUGAAGCUGAGAUUGUACCAGCUGGCAUUGGAAGGAACUUCGUCUCUAGGGACCUUCUCGAAGCAACUAGCAUCACAGAUGCAUUAGAUAGAAUACGCUCAGCAGAAGUUUCCGUGGGACACAGUUACAAUUUAAUUGAUAUACAGAGGCGCAUGAUCUUGAAUGUAGAAACUGCAUCAAGAUCGAGAGUUUCAGUUCACGAGGUUGGCACAACACCAUUUUUCCAUGCAAACAUGUAUCUCCAUCUUCAGGUUCAGCAGGUACAUGACGAGAACUCAAUAAGCAGGAAAAAAAGAGCAUCUGCUCUACCACAAGGAUCAAAAACCGAUUUUCUGUCUCUAUUAGGUGAUACAGAAGAUACAAAGUACCCCAUCUACAUGACAGGUCCAACUCUUUAUACACUCUGCACGGCUCUAAUUGAUUUGGAUGAAAAAACACUUACAAUAAUUGAAGGAAAUCCAAAGAAGGGAAAAAUUUCUCAUGUCUUCUCAAUGUCUUCAAACGAUUUCAACAGCGAAUCGGUCGACUCUGGUUAAUGGGCAUCUCUAGAACAUUUUAUGCUGGUUCAUAGAGGCCAACCAUGUGACCAUCAAUGCAACGCAUGGCGGCAACCUGAAAAUAAUGAUGAAAUUCAGACUGGCAGCUUCAGUUCACUAUCGAGCUAAGCAUAAGAAUAUCAGGGGUGAAGAAAUAAUGAAGUUAAUACCUUGCCAUGGAUUUCAUAUUUGAUGGGACCAUCUAGUUCAGCUCCUAAUGCCAUUAGUUUUGUUACCGUACUGUUAAUGUCACUCACCGUGAAUGAUAAAACUGAAGAGUAACCAUUCUGGAUCACAUUAUCACUGUCAAACAAAACUGGGUCAGAAUUAUCUAUUUUCAACACAGCUUUUACUCUCUUUCUCUCUUUAUUUUUCAUGGA